CUUCAAUCCUAUCUUUUUAUCUUCCCACAAAAAAUUGCGCAGGCACACACGGAAACAACAGAGAGAGCAAACAGAGAGAAAAUCCCCACCCAUGGCAAUGGCCUGCGUCACUUCUUCUUCCUCCUUAUUCUCCACGAAACCCUUAUCCUCCUCCCUCAACAAAACCCCCUUCCUCGGAUUCUCGCUCGCCGUUUCAUCCACACCGUCCGUUCAAUCCAAUCGUGCGUUCAAGAUCUGCUGCCAAGAUAAAGCCGCUCUCAUCCCUUCCGGCCAGCAAUGGAUGUUCGACGAUCUCACUGGACCUGACGUUUGGAAUAAAACAUGGUACCCGAAAGCAGCGGACCAUGUAAACACAGAUAAGCCGUGGUAUGUAGUGGAUGCAACAGACAAGAUACUAGGAAGACUCGCUUCGACGAUCGCCAUUCAUAUCAGGGGAAAGAAUCUUGCCACAUAUACCCCUAGUGUCGACAUGGGAGCAUUUGUUAUAGUGGUCAAUGCCGAUAAGAUUGCUGUAUCGGGAAAGAAAAGGACGCAAAAACUCUACCGAAGACACUCGGGUAGACCUGGUGGAAUGACAGUCGAAACUUUCGAGCAGCUUCAGAAAAGAAUUCCCGAAAGAAUUGUCGAGCAUGCUGUUCGUGGGAUGCUUCCUAAAGGAGCCCUUGGAAGAGCGUUGUUUAACCAUCUUAAGGUUUACACGGGUCCCGAUCACCCACACGUGGCUCAAAAGCCGAGUGAGCUGCCCAUAAGAGACAAGAGGAUAACAAAGCAGAAAUAGACGACGAAUUUGUUAGAUUUUUUUUGUAUGUUUAUAUGUAUUCUGUUUUUCGAAGCAACAUCCGUAAAAAAAUUAACCAAUUUUUCUGCGGCUUUAAUAGUCGAACUCCACUAGAAUUUCAUGUAUGCUAAUGAUGUAAGUUUCGAGCAUGUUGUGUCAUUUUUCCAUUUUCAUCAUUGUUUUCUUUUCCUUGUAUGUUCCCGAUUAUGAAUUCCGUCGAUUUACAUUCGAAAAUUUUCAGGUUUUGGUACGAUAUUUGUCAUUCCGAAAUCUGAAAGUCCCGAUU